AUGGAUAAACANAAAUCAGCUGGUGCAAAUGUGAAUUCUUUGAGAGGUUUUGAAGUAAUUGAUGACAUCAAAACUAAAGUGGAGGCUGUUUGUCCCGGAGUUGUUUCUUGUGCAGAUAUUGUAGCUGUUGCUGCUCGUGAUUCUGUUGUUGCAUUGGGAGGUCCAUCAUGGAAUGUUGGGUUAGGCAGAAGAGAUUCAACCACGGCAAGUAAAGAUGCUGCCACUAAGGAUAUUCCAUCCCCACUUAUGGAUCUUAGUGCCCUUAUAUCUGCUUUUGCAAACAAGGGAUUUAACACCAAGGAAAUGGUAGCACUGUCAGGAGCUCAUACAACAGGGCUAGCCAGGUGUCAGCUAUUUAGAGGCAGGGUUUAUAAUGAAACAAGCAUUGAGUCAAACUUUGCAACAUCACUCAAGUCAAACUGUCCAAGCACUGGUGGAGACACCAACCUUUCCCCACUAGAUGUCACCACAAGUGUUCUAUUUGACAAUGCUUAUUUCAAGAAUCUCAUCAACCAAAAGGGGCUUCUGCAUUCUGAUCAACAGUUGUUUAGUGGUGGUUCUACAGAUUCUCAGGUCACUGCCUAUAGCAAUGACCCUUCAGCUUUCUAUGCAGACUUUGCUAGUGCCAUGGUCAAAAUGGGAAAUCUUAGCCCCUUAACAGGGAAAAGUGGCCAAAUUCGUACUAACUGCCACAAGGUUAAUUAAAAGUUACCAAGAAAAUAAGAUGAGCAAAAGAAAAAAACAAUGCUCAUGCAGUCACAAUAUAUGUGAUCUUUCAUGUAUUAUUGUAUUUCCUUGUGUAUGUUUGGAGAUAAUACUCUAAGAAUUUAAGUGUAAGGCGUUGUGAUUAGAAGCUUCAGUCCUCUCAAAAUAGAGGGGAAUAAAGGAAAGUGGUGUAUUGAAAUUCUAUGGCUUGUUAAUUGAAGUCUUUGCAUCAAUGUAUCACAUUAACAAGCUGAAAAUUUCACUGGUAUCAGAUUAGUGUAUUUU